UAUGAGGAUUCCAAGAUGAACUUGGAGCAGGAGAGGCCAUUUGUCUGCAGUGCUCCAGGCUGCUCCCAGCGUUUCCCAACAGAGGACCACCUGAUGAUUCACAGGCACAAGCAUGAGAUGACUUUGAAGUUCCCUUCAAUAAAAACAGACAACAUGCUAUCAGAUCAGACUCCGACGCCCACGAGAUUUCUGAAGAACUGUGAGGAAGUGGGUCUCUUCAGUGAGCUGGACUGUUCCUUUGAGCAUGAGUUCAGGAAGACUCAAGAAGAAGAGAACAGCAAGCGGAAUAUCUCCAUGCACAAUACAGUUGGUGGAGCCAUGACGGGGCCUGGAGCUCACCCGCUGGGCAGCACGCGGAUGCCCAACCACGACACGAGUGUUGUGAUUCAGCAAGCCAUGCCAUCGCCCCAGUCCAGCUCAGUCAUCACACAGGCCCCCUCCACCAACCGCCAGAUCGGGCCUGUCCCAGGCUCUCUAUCAUCUCUGCUCCAUCUUCACAACAGACAGAGGCAGCCCAUGCCGGCCUCCAUGCCUGGAACCCUGCCCAACCCCACCAUGCCAGGAUCUUCUGCCGUCUUGAUGCCUGGUGAGAGCUGCGGAGCGAUGACCAUCACACAGCUUCUCCCGGUGCCAGAUGCGCUCAGGUUCAGGAUGCACUCAGAAUCUAAACUAAGGCUGAAGGCCGCCUUGACUCACCACCCUGCUGCCAUGUCAAAUGGGAACAUGAGCACCAUCGGACACAUGAUGGAGAUGAUGGGCUCCCGGCAAGACCAGACGCCUCACCACCACAUGCACUCGCACCCGCACCAGCACCAGACACUGCCGCCCCACCACCCCUACCCACACCAGCACCAGCACCCUGCACACCAUCCUCACCCGCAGCCUCACCACCAGCAGAGCCACCCCCACCCCCACUCCCAUUCCCACCUUCAUGCACACCCGGCACACCACCAGACCUCACCACACCCACCCCUGCACACCGGCAACCAAGCCCAGGUCUCACCAGCCACACAACAGAUGCAGCCAACACAGACAAUACAACCGCCCCAGCCCACAGGGGGACGCCGGCGAAGGGUGGUGGAUGAGGACCCAGAUGAGAGGCGGAGGAAAUUUCUGGAAAGGAACCGGGCCGCCGCCACCCGCUGCAGACAGAAGAGGAAGGUCUGGGUGAUGUCACUGGAAAAGAAAGCAGAGGAGCUUACCCAGACAAACAUGCAGCUUCAGAAUGAAGUGUCCAUGUUGAAAAACGAGGUAGCCCAGCUGAAACAGUUGUUGUUAACACAUAAAGACUGCCCGAUAACGGCCAUGCAAAAAGAAUCACAAGGAUAUUUAAGUCCAGAGAGCAGCCCUCCUGCGAGCCCCGUCCCGGCAUGCUCCCAGCAGCAAGUCAUCCAGCACAACACCAUCACUACAUCCUCCUCCGUCAGCGAGGUCGUGGGGAGCUCCACCCUUAGCCAGCUCACUACUCACAGAACAGACCUGAAUCCCAUUCUUUAAAAGGCAGUGGUCAGACCUGACCUCCGAGAAAGGCAGCUGGUCAGACCUGGGCCUC